CAAUCCCUCUGUCCUUGGAUCAAUUCCUUGUAUCUCUCUUUAGAACAUCAUGUUGGCUUCCAGAAUCCAGCGCAGGGCCUUCUCUGCCUCUGCCCGCAACCUGUCCAAGGUCGCCGUCCUCGGUGCUGCCGGUGGCAUUGGCCAGCCUCUCUCUCUCCUCCUCAAGCUCAACACCCGCGUCACCGAGCUUGCUCUGUACGAUAUCCGUGGCGGACCCGGUGUCGCCGCUGACAUCUCCCACGUCAACACCAAGUCCACCGUCAAGGGCUAUGACCCCACCCCCAGCGGCCUGGCUGAGGCCCUCAAGGGCUCCGACAUUGUCCUGAUCCCCGCUGGUGUCCCCCGCAAGCCCGGCAUGACCCGUGACGAUCUCUUCAACACCAACGCCUCCAUCGUCCGCGACCUGGCCAAGGCUGUUGCCGAGUCCGCCCCCGAGGCCAAGCUCCUCAUCAUCUCCAACCCGGUCAACUCCACCGUCCCCAUCUGCGCCGAGGUCUUCAAGGCCCGUGGUGUCUACAACCCCAAGAAGCUCUUCGGUGUCACCACCCUCGACGUUGUCCGCGCCAGCCGCUUCGUCUCCGAGAUCAAGGGCACUGACCCCAAGGACGAGAACAUCACCGUCAUCGGUGGUCACUCUGGUGUCACCAUUGUUCCUCUCUUCAGCCAGAGCAACCACCCCGAGCUGUCCUCCAACGCCGAGCUCGUCAACCGUGUCCAGUUCGGUGGUGACGAGGUCGUCAAGGCCAAGGACGGUGCCGGCUCUGCCACCCUCUCCAUGGCUUUCGCUGGUGCCCGCAUGGCCGAUGCUCUCCUCCGCGCCGCCGACGGCGAGAAGGGCGUCAUUGAGCCCACCUUUGUCGAGUCUCCCCUCUACAAGGACCAGGGCAUUGAGUUCUUCAGCACCAACGUCGAGCUCGGCCCCAACGGUGUUGAGAAGAUCCACCCCAUUGGCAACAUCGAUGCCAACGAGCAGAAGCUCGUCGAGGCCUGCCUGGGCGAUCUCAAGAAGAACAUUGCCAAGGGUGUUGCCUUUGUCCAGGAGAACCCCGGCAACUAAGCGACUGAAAUGCCUUUCAGCAUGACUUGAGCGUUUCUUUUUUUAACGAGACAAACGUCCGAGGGGGGGGGAAAGGAUGAUGGGACUGGACCACGGGGACUGGCUCGCUGCUACAGGCGGCUUGGUUGGGCUGGGGCUUUGUGAGGAUGGUACACGGAAAAUAUAGGGGAGGUUUGGAUGAAAGAAAACGUACGCAAGAGAAAAAACAUGGCUUUUAUGAGGCUCCCUUUUUCCCCGCUGUUCUGCAGCUGCCAUAGACUUCAAUCGGGUCUCUGUAACAUUAGCAAACAAAACAAAUACAACAAAAUCCUAAUUUUCCCAAG